AACACAUUGUGAUGUGGAAAAAAAGAAAAGGAAGAAAAAAACAGUUAUCCAAUCCAAAACGGCUAUUGAAAUUAGGAAAAAAGGGUUUCGCGAUUUUUGGAGGGCCAUUUGUUUUUUCCCCUUAAACCCUUCAAAAAUUAAAUCCAAAACCAAUAAAUAAGAAAGAUGCCUCAAACUACAAACCUCCGCCUCCUCCUCUCUUCCGCCAACCACCGCUACCGCCACCCUCUCUCCGCCGCCGCCUCUUUUCACCUCCCUCAAAAUCUCUCCUUUUCCGCUUCUCUCCCCUUUUUACUCAAAACCCACCUCAGAAAUCGCAAAUCCCCGCCCAUUUUCCAUACCUUCUCCUCCUAUUCAAAGAAACAGCAUAGUUCAAAAAAUGAAAAUAGAAAUUCGCGCCCAUUUAGCAGGAACAAGAGUAGUUUGAGAGAGACAGUUAAGAAAAUGGAUAGUGGCAGUGAAAAAGGCGGCGUCUUGGCGAUGGAGGAGAGAGAAAGAAGCGCGGGGUUUAAUAAAAAGAGGGCUGAAGGAAGGGAUGAAAGCGAUAGGCCGAAAAAGCUGCAGCUCAAAGUUCGGACGCUCAAUCCUGCUAAUACCAUUGCUUAUGUACAGAUCCUUGGAACUGGAAUGGAUACACAAGACACAUCCCCAGCAGUCCUGCUGUUUUUUGACAAGCAAAGAUUUAUAUUUAAUGCUGGAGAAGGACUUCAACGCUUCUGCACUGAGCAUAAGAUCAAAUUGUCGAAGAUUGAUCACAUAUUUCUCUCACGUGUCUGCUCAGAAACUGCUGGUGGACUUCCAGGUCUCUUAUUGACUCUUGCGGGCAUGGGAGACGAAGGAAUGUCUGUCAAUAUGUGGGGCCCCUCCGAUUUGAAGUAUUUGCUUGAUGCUAUGAAAUCGUUCAUCCCCAAUGCUGCCAUGGUUCAUACGCGUAGCUUUGGGCCAUCGCCUGGAUCACCGAGUAUGGUGCUGCAGAGAUUGGAUAAUCCCUUUGUUCUAAUUGAUGACGAAGUGGUCAGAAUAUCUGCAGUUCUAUUGAGACCAAAUAAGGAAGAAGUGUCUCAAGGCGAAAAUUCUCACAAACCAAGUUCUCCUGAACCUACUACAAAUGCGACGAAGCCGGGUGAUCUUUCUGUUAUUUAUAUUUGUGAAUUACCAGAGAUUAAGGGCAAAUUUGACCCUAAAAAGGCUGCUGCUCUUGGAUUAAGGCCCGGCCCAAAAUACCGCGAGCUGCAACUUGGGAAUCCUGUAAAGUCGGAUAGUCAAGAUAUCAUGGUACACCCAAGUGACGUAAUGGGUCCAUCUGUUCCGGGGCCUAUUGUCCUGCUGGUUGACUGCCCAACAUUGUUGCAUUUCCGGGAUCUGCUAACCAUACAAUGCCUUGCCCCGUAUUAUGUAGAUACAGCAAAUGAGGUAAAUGAAGGUUCCAAGAUUGUGAAUUGCGUAAUUCAUCUGACUCCCCUGAGCGUCGCUCGGACAGAUGAUUAUCGAACGUGGAUGUUGAAAUUCGGAGCAGCUGAGCAUAUAAUGGCAGGACAUCAAAUGAAAAAUAUACAGGUGCCUAUUUUGAAAGCAAGUGCUAGACUCGCAGCUCGUCUGAACUAUUUGAGCCCUCAGUUUUUCCCGUCUCCGGGUUUCUGGACACUGCCGAACAUGGGUUUACCAUCCGAACAUGAGGAUCUCUUGUUGGAAAACCAACAGAUUUCGGCUGAGAAUCUUCUCAAGUUUCAUCUGCGUCCCUACGCCAAUCUGGGGCUCGACAGAUCAAGUAUACCGAAUCGAUCAUCUCAUUCUGAGAUCAUUCAAGAGCUUUUGACAGAAAUUCCGGAGGCUAGAGACGCCUCUGAGAAUGCGACUCGUUUAUUGUCAGAUUGCGCGAGUAUGACCGAAGAACCAUGGUUGCUCGAAGAUGCUGUCCCUAGCUGUCUUGAAGAUAUAACCAGAGAAGACAUGGAGAUUGUUCUUCUCGGUACCGGUUCUUCGCAACCCUCUAAGUAUCGAAACGUUAGUUCUAUUUUCAUCAAUUUAUUCUCCAAAGGAAGUAUACUCUUAGACUGUGGUGAAGGAAGCUUGGGACAGCUAAAAAGAAGAUUCGGAGUCCAAGGUGCGGACGAAGCUAUAAGAGGUCUGAAAUGCAUCUGGAUUUCGCACAUCCACGCUGAUCACCACACGGGCCUUGCAAGAAUCCUUGCCCUACGUCGUGAUCUGUUGAAGGGAUCGCCACACGAGCCCACCCUCGUCGUUGGCCCGAGGCAGCUCAAGAGGUUUCUUGACGCCUACCAGAGGCUCGAGGAUCUGGACAUGCAAUUUCUCGACUGCAAUCAUACAACCGAAGCUGCAUUGGAGGCUUUUGAUUUGAAAGAAGGAAAUCCUACGAAUCACACAAGCAUGAACGUCGAUUCUUCUCUGUUUGCUCGAGGCAGUCCCAUGCGGAGCUACUUGACGAAGCCACCACCAAGUCCUGCCGCUCAAAUUCUCAAGUCGCUGAAGAAGGUUCUUGGAGAAGCCGGAUUAGAAGCGCUGGUGAGCUUCCCCGUCAUUCAUUGCCUCCAAGCUUACGGCGUCGUGCUGCAAGCUGCGAGCAGGAUCAACAGCGUUGGUAAAACCAUUCCCGGUUGGAAAGUCGUCUACUCAGGCGACACCAGACCCUGCUCGGAACUUGUCAGGGCUGCCCAUGGCGCCACCGUGCUCAUUCACGAGGCGACCUUCGAAGAUGCGAUGAUGGACGAGGCGGUGGCUCGGAACCACAGCACGACGAUGGAGGCAGUUGAAAUGGGGGACUCUGCGGGCGCGUAUAGGAUCAUACUGACUCAUUUCAGCCAGAGAUACCCGAAGAUCCCGGUGUUUGACGAAACGCAUAUGCAUAAAACGUGCAUCGCGUUCGACAUGAUGAGCGUCAACUUAGCAGAUGCUCAUGCGCUGCCUAGAGUGCUGCCAUAUCUCAAAGUUUUGUUUAGAGAUGAAAUGACUGUUGAUGAAUCUGAGGAUGUGUAAGCUUAGAUACUGCACUUGUUGCUAACCUUUAAUACUCCUAUAUUUUUCUCAUUUAACGAAGCCACUAUUUUUUCA